AUGUUCGACGGAUAUAUCCGUCAGUUAUCGACACAGUGGAUCUUACCGAUUGGCUUCUUCCGCAAGAGUAUAAAGGAUCAGUGUAUCCAGGUGUCUGGAGAUUGGUAUGCUUUAACACUGUCACAAUUGGUUUGGACUGGAUUUAGACGUACCCACCAUUUUUUUAUCCCAGACACCAAAAUGAAAUCGCUCACGUUUACCUGUACCCUAGCCACCUUGGCAGCGUUUUGCCUGGCGGACAGCCAUCAAGAAGGAUUGGACCAGAAAUGGGGACAAGACUGGCCGUUUUCGGGUAUUCAGACAUAUGCCCAUCUACCACACGCAAAAUGUUUAUUGAACCAGAGUCUUGAUUUUGAUAUUGGUAUCAUUGGCAUGCCAUUCGACACAGCAGUGAGUUAUCGUCCUGGUGCGCGUUUCGGACCGCAGGCAAUCAGAAGGGCUUCUGAGCGCCAAACUUCGAUGCGGGGAUUCAACUUCCGUGCAGGAGUGAAUCCCUAUCAGGACUGGGCGAAAGUGUUGGACUGCGGGGACGUACCUGUCACGCCAAUGGACAAUCAUGUGGCUUUGGAAAUGAUGGGCGCGGCGUUCGAAGACUUGUUGUCAAGGAAUAGCACGCUCCAGCAAUCAGGCUUCCCUCCCAGGUUUGUGACGCUGGGCGGUGACCACAGUAUCAUCUUGCCUGUACUCCGCCAGCUGCACAAAGUUUACGGACCUAUCUCCGUAAUCCAUUUCGACUCCCACCUCGACACUUGGGCUCCCACCAAAUAUCCUUCCUAUUGGCAUAGCGACCAAUGUGACUUUACCCACGGCUCUAUGCUCUGGCUGGCCAAGCAGGAAGGCUUGCUAUCUGAGAAUUCCAAUGUUCACGCAGGUUUGAGAACUCGUUUGAGCGGGACCGGUUGGGAUGAUUACGAGGAAGACGACCAAAGUGGCUUCCACCGCAUAGAGUGCGAUGAGAUCCUGCAGAUUGGCGCGGAAGGCAUGGCUGAGAAGAUUCUGAAGCUGGUCCCGCACGACAGACCUGUGUACAUCAGUGUUGAUAUUGAUGUUUUAGACCCCAGCGCUGCCCCUGGCACGGGGACUGUCGAAGUCGGUGGGCUCCUGACCCGUGAACUGAUUCAUAUGAUACGCCGGCUCGAGAAGUUGCCUUUGGUCGGUGCAGACAUCGUCGAAGUGUCGCCGGCUUACGAUCACGCAGACAUUACAGCUUUAGCUGCAUCCCAGGUGGCAUACGAACUCAUCACUAACAUGGUCAAAGGUGGGCCAAUUGACCCCAAGAUCAUUGCUCAAAACAGGCCAACUUCCACGGAAUGGAUGCUGAAAGACGAAACUGACUUCGCCGACCAGAUGGUAUUACAAGCUGGAGGAAAUUAA